UUCGAGUUGUAUCAGAUAUCGGAUAAUUGUUUGCCUAUACAUGUUAGGUAGAAAUGAAUUUUCUGGAGUUUCUGAUACUUUGUUGCGUAUUUGAAAUGUUAGUGAAGGCUUCCGUUCCAUCGUGGAAUACGGAAGUUUCAGAGGAAGUCCCGAACAACGCAUACGGCGAUGGCUGCUUCGGAAUACCGAUUGCUCAAAAUGGCCGAAUGAACUGUACAAAUUCUAGCAAAUAUGGAUCCAUUUGCAAAACAGUUUGUAAAGGUGGAUAUGCCGUACGAGGAUCUGUUUGUAGGAGAUGCCAGUCAAACGGCCACUGGUCUGGUUAUCAAGCUAUCUGUGAACCUUUACACGGAUGUCGCAGAAAAAUCAAAAAAUACUUUUCAAAGCAACCAAAUCCAGAAUUUGUUCAAGGACAGUGCUGCCCAGCCGGUAAUACAGGGAAAAUGUAUAAUCCUUCGACACAUUCUUGUUGCUUCGAUGGAAGAUCAAGAUGGAUUACACCCAGAGUUGAAGAUUCAUCUUAUGAUUGUGACUGUUGUCACGAACACGAAACUGAUUGUUGGACAUGCUGUGAUGAACCACUGAAAAACAAAAAACAAAAUGCCAAAUUAAAAAUUCCUGAGGAAGAUCUGAAUGUGAAUUUCAAGAUUGUUGGUGGGGUUCCGGCAUCAUUUGAAGCACAGAGAAGAAACGCUUAUAUUGUGUACAAGAGAGAUUUGUGGGGAAAUCCUCCUAUUCCUGGUUUUCCACCUGUUUGUGGAGGAGUGCUGAUCCAUCCUAGUUGGGUUCUGACAGCUCGGCAUUGUAUUUCAGAUGAAAUGUGCAAAGAAAAAAUACUAUCUUCAUCGCCUGUCCGUGUCAUUGUUGGAAAAAGUAAUUCGUCCAUACUAGCAGAAAACGAUGGCCAAUCACGUAAUGUCAGUGUUGCUGUAUGUCAUGAACAUUAUUGCAAAAACAGAGUAAAACCAGAUUUGAAUGACAUAGCCAUCCUUCGGUUACGCACGCCGAUCGAUAUGAACGACCCAGGAGUUGCCUUGGCCACAUUGCCCCCGCAAGGAGAAACGGUUGAACCGUGGACUGGGUGUCUUCUCACUGGAUGGGGAAUAAAGAAAAUAAUAAAUAUUUUUCCUCUUCCGAAUUUUGAAAGAUGGGUUAAGGAAUACAUAAACGCAACUCCAUCAAGUCUACAAGAGGUUAUUGUACCUAUCGUACCGACACAAUAUUGUCGGGGUCGUAUACGACCAUGCCACAUGUGUGCCGGUACUCUUCAACGAGACGGAUGUAGUUCAGACAGUGGAAGUCCUCUUUUUUGCAGCAAUCCUGCUCUAGCAGUUCGACGUGGUAAAAAUAUCCCAUAUUCUGACAAACUGGUGGAUAGUCAUUUUGUUGUACACGGAAUUUUCAACUCGGGCUUGUGCGGAACUCGUCCAAAUGUUCCUGGAGUUUAUGCCCGCGUUUCAUAUUACCGGGACUGGAUUACCGAAAAUAUGAGUAAAUACUCUUGAGUAUUGAAUCGUUGACAGAAACAAAUUAAUUUGGUUUUUGACCAAAUGCCUUCGUGGUCUGAUGUCGUGUGUUAUAUUAGCACCAUUUCCCACAAUCUCAUUCUCUCUCACUCUUAUAUCUUCAUCGUCUCCCCAAAUCUGAUAUUCCUUUUUAAUCAUUUUCCUCGCAACGUAACUCCGGCCAUCUUUGUUUCAUACUAUGAUUUACACUAUUACGAUCGCUACAAUUUUUAAGUUUACUUAAUUUUUCACGCUUUGUUUUUAAUUUACGAUAAUAUUUAAAAAUGUUAAUAAAGACAUUAGAAAAGUUUUUCUCUUUUAUCGAAUUAUACAAACCGUGGAAAAUGUAUAAUAAAGGCUUGAGCUACAUAAUACAUAUUCACUAAAUUUUCAAUUUCGGUUUGGGUAUUACAGGGGAUAAUAAUGUGAGCUAAUGACGUAAUGAACUAUGAUAUUAUACAAAAUAAAUAUUUCAUUUUCUCUUCAUUUAGGACUGAUUUGAGUGAUGAACGAAAGAUAUAUAGAUAAAUUGACCCGUGCUAAAAAUAGCACCGGCUAAGCGCAGGCAAUAAGACUCGUAUUGAUUUUCAGUCGACACAUAAAAAUAAUUUCCAUAUAUAUUUGAUAAGGCUCUUAGCAUGAACUGCGUCAUGAUAGCCUUUCUCAUAUCUGCAAUAUUAGAUGGAGAAUAUCACUAUGUUAUUCGUCGUAUUCUGAUUUUUG